CUGGUCAUGGAAUACGACCUCUUCUUUACCUUUUCCUAAUAAAAAUCCCUUCUUGGAAUCAUUUCCUGCUUUUUUUAUAGGAUUUCCGAAAGGUAUAUGAGAGGUUGGGAUCGCAUCUCCUCCUCCCACUGGGGUUUUAAUUUUGUUUCGUUGUGGGCGGAUUCAUCUGGUGCAGGGCAUCUUCGAGUCUUCGCUUUGGUGUUCUUCGACCCAAUCGGUGGACAGAAGAUUUUGAUAUGGAAGAGACCGGAGAUCCGGAAGCCCUUCCUUCGUUGGUUUUUUAUGGGAUUCGAGGCUUUGCUGCCGGGAUUUGAUUCAUUCGGUGUGCUAAUUGGUGGGCAGUAAUGGAGGAAGACGGCAGCUCCUGGGUGAGGAGGGCAAAGUUCUCUCACACGGUUUGCCACAGGUUAGAUUCUGCUAAGCUGCCAUCGAUCCCAUUGCUCGUCAGAUCUGAAAGUAGUCUCGAAUUGAGGCCGAGAAGGACCGCAGAAGCAUCAAAUUUGGCUUCAGUUUCGUUGCCGGUCAAUCGAGGUGCAGCACCGAAGGCAACAGGCUCGAUCACUCAUUCUACUAGCUUGCCAUCAUUGCAUUUGUUGCUACAGGAUGGCCAUCAUGGAAUAAAGACAGAGAAGUCGAGCUCGGUGAUUCCUACUUCUUUGCACUCUGAGCAAGUACCUAAGACAGGGGCCACAAAUUUGAUUCUAGAAUCUUUAAUCUCUCCUCGGAAAAGCGAUAAACAUCCUAAUUUGAAGCUGAAGGGGUUGAGUAGUUAUGAGUUUUCGAACUUUGCUUCUCAUCCUGAUCGAGAAACUAAGGUGAAACCAAAGAAUUUGAGUCUGGGAUCUUCUGCCUUCACUUCUCAGCGUGAUCUAGAUCAAAGAUUGAAGCCUAGGAGCUCCAAUUCUGGCACAACAUUGUUUUCUAGGCCUUCAAUUAAGUCCCACCUGAAUUCUCAUUCUCAGAAGUCUGGUACUUACAUGGAUUGGAAGAAAUUUAAACCGAAGCAGAGGUCUGAGUCUCCUCUACCAAGAACCUCCAUUUCAGAUGUCUUCAGAGAAGCUAAGGCAAAUAAGAAGAGGUUCUCAACUCCACCACCUAAGAGGAGAGGAUCAGAUAAGAGUGCCUUUAGCAAGUUAUUUUCAAGAGAAGUCCAUGAUCAUGUGAUCUUUCACUCACCACCUCCCGAAACAAGUCCUCUACAUCACUUCUCGCUAAUGAAAGAGUCGGACAAGCAUGAGAGUCAGAAGGAGGCUUUAUGGACGAGAUAUUUCGAACAUGGUGGGGGGAAGGUAAAUGCUGUCGAAGCUCUGGAAGAGUGGAUGGUUGAUCUUUCUCAGUUGUACCUUGGGCAUAGGUUUGCUUCUGGAGCUCAUAGCAAGUUGCAUCAUGGUAUCUAUAAGGAUCAGCCAGUGGCAGUAAAGUUUAUCAGACAACCUGAUGAUGACGAAAAUGGGAUGAUGACUGCUCGCCUUGAGAAACAGUUCACGAGGGAAGUCACUCUUCUCUCUCAUCUCUAUCACCGAAAUGUGAUUAAGCUGAUAGCGGCAAUUAAAAAACCACCAGUCUUUUGCAUUAUCACUGAAUACCUUUCAGGAGGGUCACUGAGAGCAUUCUUACACAAACUCGAACACAAAUCUGUUCCUCUACAGAAACUUGUUGUGAUCGCUCUGGAUAUUGCACGGGGAAUGGAAUAUAUUCACUCGCACGGGGUUAUUCACCGGGACUUGAAACCUGAGAACAUUCUUUUUGAUCAAGAAUUGUGUGUAAAAAUUGCUGAUUUUGGAAUUGCUUGCGAGGAGGUUUAUUGUGAUACUUUAGCAGAGGACCCUGGAACUUUUCGUUGGAUGGCACCUGAGAUGAUUAAACACAAGCCUUAUGGACACAAAGUCGACGUCUACAGUUUUGGGUUGGUCCUAUUGGAGAUGGCAACUGGAAGUAUCCCUUAUGAGGAGAUGACACCUAUCCAAGCGGCUUUUGCUGUGGCUAAUAAGAACUUGCGGCCUGUUGUUCCCCCUGAGUGCCCGGCAGCCUUACGAGCCUUGAUCGAGCAAUGCUGGGCGCUCCAACCAGACAAAAGACCUGACUUUUGGCAGAUUGUGAAGGUUUUGGAACAAUUUGAGUCUGCUCUCGCUCAAAAUGGCAUGCUUGACACUGUUGCAAACAUGAACUGCGAAGAUCAUAAGAACCGACUUCUUCACUGGAUCCAAAAGCUCAAACCUACACAUGCUGAUGGGUAUGGGUCAGGGCUUCCGAUCACCAAGCUUUCGCCUUCCAUGCCCAAACUCUUGUAGCGCUUGCUCGGCUCGUGCUUCUGGAUUUUGUUUCUUCACCGUGUAAUCAACUAUCUUGUCUGUUUUAGUGCCACAAUGGGGAAAUCUGCAUGAGUGACAAUGUACAUAGAUUGACUUGUUGUUACUAGGAUCCCAUCCGUGUGGGGAACUAUCACUGAUCUAACCAACCAUUCCCUGCUUGUUUAAAUUGAUAUGCAGAAGGUUCUUGUGGACUCUCUUUCAGACUUCAUACUGUAACUAUAUGUAUGCAUAUGCAAUUUUGUGU